AUGGUAUUAUUGCCUGCCUCUCCUCCGCUGCUGCUGGCUGUCUCUGGUUGUUGGUGGGUAUGGUAUUGUAUUUGUAUUUCGAGUCCCGGAGUCGAGCAUCAGCAGAUAAAUUCACAUGUGUGUCACCGGAACUAUAGCCCGCAUAUAAACUACCCAUCGAAUGUGCCUGGCCUCGAAUUCGAUUUGCAGGACAGCUACGAUAGCUCGACUAGUACUCUACUCUCCUGCUUCUACAUCCAUUCUUCUCUUACAGCUCAUGAACGCAAGAGCUGA